AAAAGGUGAGAGAGAGAGAGAGAACAGGUGAGAGAGAGAGAGAGAACAGGUGAGCAACUCCACACUGACAGCAGCACUCUCUCCACGUCCCAAUUCAAGAUCAUUCCUGCCUUUGUAAAAUGAAUCCAAUUCCAUCCAACCUCAAGUCUGAAUCCAAGAAGGCUGCAAAGAUUUUGAGAGAAUUUACAGAAAUAACUUCAAGAAAUGGACCUGAUAUAAUCAUUCCAGUUCACGUCAUAGCUAAAGCACAAGGGCUUGCUAUCCUGUCAGUGAUUAAAGCUGGGUUCUUAGUAACUGCUCGUGGGGGCAGUGGAAUUCUAGUAGGUCGUCUGCCAGAUGGAAGAUGGUCUGCUCCCUCUGCAAUAGGCAUUGCUGGUCUCGGUGGUGGCUUUGAGAUUGGAAUUGAGGUGUCUGAUUUGGUGAUAAUUCUGAAUCACAACCGUGCAGUUAAGGCCUUUGCCAAAGGAGGCAAUCUCACACUUGGUGGAAAUUUCACUGUUGCAAUUGGGCCCUUGGGCAGAAACAUGGAGGCAGAUGUUGCCCUGCGUAGUACGGCUGCAGUAUACACAUACUGCAGGUCACGUGGCUUAUUCGCUGGAAUAUCUUUAGAAGGGUCAUGUUUGAUUGAAAGGAAGGAAACCAAUCGCAAGUUUUACUGCCAGGAGAUUCGAGCAUGUGCAAUUUUGUUUGGAGAUGUGGAACCACCAUCUGUAGCUCAAGAACUCUAUGAAAUAUUGGCCACUUUUACUGAGCAAUACCAAAUCGAUGAACAGCAAGGCAAAAAGAAAAACGUAUCCAGAAUGCAACCAAAGGCUGGAGAACCCGGGAAACCUAGAUCCAGGCCACAGCGAACACGAUCAGCUGGGAAUGAAGGAUUAGGAGGAAACUCGUGGGACAACCCUUUGGUUGUGACAGCUUUACACUCAUUCGAAGGACAAGCACCAUGUGACCUGGACUUCAAAGCUGCCGACAGAAUCACUGUGACAUCUCAGACUGACUCGCAGUUUGACUGGUGGGAAGGAACAUUACGAGGAAAAAUUGGAAUUUUUCCGGCUAACUACGUAUCUCUUUCCAUGGAUUCACUGUACUGAGUCACUGUUCAAUAGAGAGACAAUUAUCAGCACCUCUUAGGAACUGUCAGCAAACAGUCCAAAUAAUGGGUCAACACACAAACUACAACACGCUAACUAUUAACUUAAGAAAAUUCCAUUAAGAGUUAUGCUGUUACUGUGGUACUACACUGUGCCAAAGUUUCCCUCUCUCUGCCAUGUUCUCUAUUUCUGACUUUCUCUCUAUUGUGGAGUCCUGUAGCUCAGCGUUGAGAGCACUCACAAGCGAGUAGACUGAGGUUCGAUUCCCGGCAGGGCGAAACGUUAGGCAAGUUUCCUUACUCCACACG